AUGUCCAGCAUUGAGAAUCAAUUAAAAGAGUUUGUAGUCAUCGGGAAGCAGAAGGAACCUAGAGAGAUAACCGAAGCUGUAUCCCAAGCAGGCCCUAGUGCAACAAAGGACUCGCCGAAGAAUCACCCUCGGCAGCACACAUCAAUUGGUCAACUGACGGAAAAGAAUGUCAAGCGCCAUUCGGAGAAUGAACAAAAUCCUAUUAAUGAAGAAGAUUGUGACAAAGAUGAUAUUGAAGAUGAAAUAAACACUAGCGAUGAGGAUGAGAAGAAGAGCGGGAAUGAAUCUCGAAACGGAAAACUUCCUAUCUUUUCUGGGAAGCCGGAAGAGUGGCCUCUGUUCUUCGGUGCCUACCAAGCGUCUAACGAAGCUUGCGGUUACUCCGAUGUGGAGAACUUGUCUGUUCCAAGGGUCAUCUCAAAGCUCCGUCAACUAUAUGGUCGCCCGGAACAGUUAUUACAAAGCCAUCUAGAAAGGGUUAAAAAGCUUGAACCUCCAAGAGCUGAUAAGUUAGCUAGUUUCAUUCCGUUUGGAAACGCAGUGGAACAGCUUUGUGAACAUCUGGAAGCUGCAGAUCUUACGUUUCAUCUGGUGAAUCCAAUCCUCAUUCAAGAGUUAGUCAAUAAGCUUCCGGGUGGAGAAAAGCGACAGUGGGUGCAAUACAAAAGAAAGAAGGAUGAAGUAACCUUACGUACAUUCACAGACUUCACCUCGAAAAUCGUGUUUGAUGCUUGCGAGGCAAAUGUAAACUACGAGUAUAAACCGGAUACUAGGUCUACAACCGGGACAAGCGGUAAAAGCAAGCCGAAGGAGAAAGCAGCUCUAUAUAGUCACAGCGAGAUGAACAGAUCUUAUUUUCCUGACCGAAAAAAACAGAAACCGUGUAGGGCGUGUCAGCGAGAAGACCAUCGACUUCGAUUCUGUCAAGAUUUUAAAUAUUUGUCUUACGCGGAUCGAAUGAAAAUUGUCACAAGAUGGAAACUGUGCACGAUAUGUCUCAAUGAGCACAGUGGGCAAUGUCGAUUUAAGAUCCGUUGCAAUGUAGGUGAUUGCAGAGAAUCUCACAAUCCGUUGACUCAUCCGAUGGCUACCGUAGUCGCCAUGAACACGCACAUUAAACCCAGCUGCACGAUGAUGUUUCGCAUGAUUCCAGUGAAGAUUCACUGUGGAGAGAGAUCACUGAAGGUGUUAGCAUUCUUGGACGAGGGAGCUUCCAUCACACUAAUAGAAAACGAGUUGGCAGAUCGUUUGGGACUCGUUGGAGUGAAAGAAAAGCUUGUUCUAAACUGGACUGCAGACGUUUAUAGAGUGGAGAAAAAUUCAAGACGUAUGAACCUUUGGACUUCUGCUGUUGGUGAAAAGAACCCUGAGAAAACUUUGCUACAGUCUGUGUACACUGUCGAAAAAUUGAAAUUGCCGCACCAAACUUUGAACGCUGACGAAUUAUCGGCACGGUACAAUCACAUGCGCGGAUUACCAAUUACAUCAUACGAUGGUCGUCCAGGAAUAUUAAUAGGGCUAGGCAACAUCCACUCGUUUGCCCCCCUGGAAGCGAAGAUCGGCACUACAAGCGAACCAAUCGCUGUCCGCUGCAAACUCGGUUGGACAGUUUAUGGGCCACGACGAGCAAAUUCUGAGUCACGAGACAAUUUACUAGGCUGCCACCGAGAGGUCUCCAAAGAAGAGCUUCAUGAUCUCUUAAAGAACCAUUACGCACUCGAAGAAUCUGUGGUGCGAGUGCGUCAAGAAUCGACUGAGGACCAAAGGGCUCGCUCGAUAUUAGAGCAAACUACGAAACGCGUGGGUGAACGAUUUGAGACAAGACUUAUAUGGAGAAAGGAUGACGUUUUCUUUCCGGACAGUUAUCCAAUGGCAUUGAAGCGGUUAAAGCAGCUAGAGAAAAGACUAGAGAAAUCGCCGGAGUUGUAUCAACAUGUUCGGAACCAAGUCGAAGACUACGUUGCUAAAGAAUAUGCACAUCUAGCCACCGAAGAAGAAUUAACCAGUACAGAUCGCAACAGAGUGUGGUUCCUUCCCCUGAACGUGGUUUUGAAUCCGAAGAAACCUGGAAAAGUCCGGCUAAUAUGGGACGCAGCAGCAACCGUCCAAGGAGUCUCGCUAAAUUCAAUGCUACUGAAAGGGCCAGACCUUCUAGUGCCAUUAUUAUCGGUACUGAUCAUCUUCCGCGAGAAGAGGAUUGCAUUCGGCGGUGACAUCAGAGAGAUGUAUCACCAAAUGAAAAUUAUAUCCAAGGAUAAAUCAGCACAAUGGUUCCUGUUUCGGAAGGACAGCAGUGAAUCACCAAGAGUAUUCGUCAUGGACGUCGCUACGUUCGGUUCAACAUGCUCCCCUGCAUCAGCACAAUACAUAAAGAACCGGAAUGCGGAGGAGCAUGCAGUUCAAUACCCGGAAGCGGCAGCGGCCAUCAUUACUCGACACUAUGUUGAUGAUUAUUUUGACAGCGUGGACACUGUCGAAGAAGCAGUAGAACGAGCGAAGCAGGUGAGGUUCAUUCAUAAACAAGGCGGUUUUGACAUUCGAAAUUGGGUGUCGAACUCGCCGGAAGUUCUCACUGCGUUGGGAGAAAUUGAACCCGUGGAACCAGUCGUUUUCAACCAAGACAAACAUACUUCUAAUGAAUGGGUACUCGGGAUUAUCUGGGAUCAGGAGUUAGAUGCCUUAGCCUUCUCCAUAACACACCGUGCAGAAAUUCAAGAGUAUCUGUAUGAGGGAAAGCGGCCUACAAAGAGAAAUGUUUUAUCCUGUGUAAUGGGGCUUUUCGAUCCCCUAGGAUUACUUUGUCCAUUCACAAUUCAUGGCAAGAUACUCAUUCAACACCUGUGGCGUAGCGGUUGCGAAUGGGAUCAAACAAUUGAUGAAAACUGCUGGGUCCAGUGGAAGCAAUGGAUAGGGUUGCUGCCUGAUGUCGAAGCUUUACGGAUUCCGCGAUGUUAUUUGGGUGAUGCUGUAUCUUCGAUGGUGGAUUCUCUCGAGUUACACAUAUUUACUGAUGCGAGUGAACAUGCUUAUGGUUGCGUAGCAUAUUUGCGAACAGUUAUCGAUGGAGAGGUUAAGUGUAGUCUGAUUAUGUCUCGAGCAAAAGUGGCACCACUAAAACGCCAGUCAAUCCCUAGACUAGAACUUUUGGCUGCUGUCCUUGGAGCUCGAAUGAGCCAAACAAUUUUGGGAGCAACUUCGUUGCAGAUUGAUCGCACUACAUUGUGGACAGAUUCUCGAACCGUGCUGUCCUGGGUCAAAUCCGAUCAAUACAAAUAUAAACAGUUUGUUGCGUUUAGAGUUGGAGAAAUUUUAGAUUUAACCAACAUGAGGGACUGGCGAUGGGUGCCAUCGAAACGAAAUAUUGCGGACGUGCUCACUAAGUGGGGUCGCGGUCCUCCAUUACAAAGGAAUUCGGAGUGGGUAGAUGGUCCGACGAUACUUUAUCAAUCGAGCUGUCAGUGGCCUUCUGCCGACCCAAUCGAUGAGACUAAUGAGGAGGCUAGAGGAUUAUUGUCGUUCCAUGAGGUGGUUGCCGUGGGCAAAAUUUCUUGUUGGACAAAGUUACUGCGGGUUACCGCUACCGUUGUUCGAUUUGUCACCAAUUGUAGGCUCAGGAAAGCCGGGUUGCCAACCAUUACUUCUCAGGCUACGGAGUAUCAACGUUCAGUGUUGAAGGCAAAAUUUCCAACUGUUCAACAGCCGCUUCAGCAAAAUGAACUUCAACAUGCAGAAAACAUUUUAUGGAAGCAAUCACAAUUUGAUAGUUUUCCAGACGAAAUGAGCGCACUCACAGAAAAUCUUCAACAUGAAACGGGACGCUCGCUGAGGAAGAUCGAGAAGUCUAGCAGCCUGUAUAAACUUUCUCCGACACUAGAUGCAGAAGGUGUUCUGAGAGUUCGUGGUAGAAUGGAAAUAAAUGAAGCAAUUCCAUUCGAUAAAAGAUUCCCGAUUAUACUAUCGGGGAAACAAGAAAUAACAAGAAAAUUAAUUAUGCACUUACACGAAAAGUUUGGCCAUGCAAACAGAGAGACUGUGUUCAACGAAUUGCGUCAGAAAUUCUGGAUACCGAACGCGCGUGCAGCUAUCCGACAGGUGUCCAAGGAAUGCGUGUGGAGCAAGGUGAAUCGAUGUGAACCUUCUAUACCGAUGAUGGCCCCAUUACCCAUUCAGCGCACUACACCUCACCUACGACCUUUCGGCGCAGUAGGAAUAGAUUAUCUGGGACCGGUUGACGUAACGGUUGGCCGCAGAAAUGAGAAACGAUGGGUAGCGGUGUUUACGUGUAUGGCUGUUAGAGCCGUACACUUGGAUGUGGUCUAUAGUCUGAGCACACAAUCUUGUCUGAUGGCGAUCAAAAGAUUCACGAGCAAACGAGGAGUCCCAGAACAAAUAUUUUCGGACAAUGCUACGUGUUUCCAUGGAGCAAAUACCGUCAUGAGAGGCGAAAUAAACAAAAUCAACCACGAGUGUGCACAGAAAAUCAUAUCACCUGUUACAUCGUGGCAUUUCAACCCUCCCGGAACACCGCACAUGGGCGGUGUUUGGGAACGGAUGGUACGGUCCGUCAAAGAGGCUCUACGCACAUUGGACGACGGACAAAGAAUGACGGAUGAGAUUCUCGUAACGUCGUUAGCAGAAGCUGAGGACUUGAUAAACUCCCGCCCGUUGACGUAUAUUCCACAAGAAUCAGCCGACGAGGAAGCGUAA